AUUAACCAAUCGGGGCGCGGAACCACGGCAGGGGGCGUGGACUUGCGCUGCGGGAAGCCGGGCCGGGAGGCGAGGGCGCAUGCGCGGGGGGUUAGACUAUGGGGAUUCGCCGGGGCUGUAGUGCCGGACAUCAGCGUUGGUGAUCGCGAAAGGAAAGGAUGGCUACCCACUCCAUGCACUGGUUCCGCAAGGGGUUGCGGCUACACGACAACCCGGCGCUGAGGGAGGCUUUGCGGGGAGCGAGCACCGUCUGCUGCGUCUACAUCCUCGACCCUUGGUUCGCCGGCUCGUCCAGUGUUGGGGUGAACCGCUGGAGAUUCCUGCUGCAGUGUCUGGAAGAUCUUGACGCCAGCCUUCGAGAGCUGAACUUGCGGCUGUACGUUAUACGUGGGCAGCCGGCUGACGUAUUCCCUCGGCUUUUCAAGAAAUGGAAUAUUAAUCGUUUAACGUUCGAGUACGAUUCUGAGCCAUUUGGCAAGGAGCGCGAUGCGGCCAUCAAGAAGCUGGCCAGCGAAGCUGGAGUGGAGGUCAUCGUCAAGAUCUCACACACGUUGUACGAUUUGGACAAAAUAAUUGAACUGAACGAAGGACAACCACCACUGACCUACAAACGAUUCCAGACACUGAUCAGCCAGAUGGAUCCACCGGAGGCACCUGUAGAAACAAUUGAUCAAAGAACUAUUGGGAAAUGCACAAUACUGGUGCUGGAUGAACACAAUGACAAAUAUGGAGUCCCGUCACUGGAAGAACUUGGUUUUGAUACUGAAGGUCUGAAUCCAGCUGUGUGGCCGGGUGGAGAAACCGAGGCUCUAACUCGUCUUGAAAAACAUUUAGAGCGAAAGGCGUGGGUAGCGAGCUUUGAGAGGCCCAAAAUGAAUGCCUUUUCACUGCUGGCAAGUCCCACAGGGCUCAGUCCUUAUCUCCGAUUUGGCUGUCUGUCCUGCCGCCUCUUCUAUUUCAAGCUGACAGAUUUGUAUAAAAAAGUGAAGAAGAAUAGUUCACCUCCACUCUCCCUCUACGGCCAGCUUCUCUGGCGUGAGUUUUUCUACACGGCAGCGACCAAUAACCCGAACUUUGAUAAGAUGGAGGGAAAUCCAAUCUGCAUGCGCAUCCCGUGGGAUAAGAAUCCGGUGUCACUGGCCAAGUGGGCGGAAGGGAAAACUGGGUAUCCCUGGAUCGACGCCAUCAUGGCACAGCUGCGUCAGGAAGGCUGGAUCCAUCACCUGGCUCGGCACGCUGUGGCCUGCUUUCUGACACGAGGGGACCUCUGGAUCAGUUGGGAGGAAGGCAUGAAGGUGUUUGAGGAGCUUCUGUUGGAUGCAGACUGGAGUGUGAACGCUGGCAGCUGGAUGUGGCUGUCCUGCAGCUCCUUCUUCCAACAGUUUUUCCACUGCUAUUGCCCAGUUGGCUUUGGGCGCAGAACAGACCCCAAUGGAGACUAUGUGAGGCGCUACUUGCCAAUUCUUAAAGAAUUCCCCACAAAAUACAUCUAUGAUCCGUGGAACGCUCCUGACACUGUACAGAUUGCUGCAAAGUGCAUCAUUGGGGUACAUUACCCAAAGCCCAUGGUGAUACAUGCAGAGGCCAGUCGCCUUAACAUCGAGAGAAUGAAGCAGAUCUACCAGCAACUCUCACGCUACAGGGGACUUGGUCUGCUUGCAUCUGUGCCUUCCAGCCAAAGUGGAAAUGGAGGAAUGAUGUACACUUUGGGAGAGCAAGUACCUGAGAACACAGACCUGGUUCAAAGUUGUUCAAGUGGACCAUUGACGGCCAAGCGUGGUCUGGAAAAUGACAGCGGUGCUGCUGAUUCCGGGGAAUCCUCGGCACAGAAGUUCCGUCGCCAGGGCGAUGAUAGCCCACACCUUGUGUCUUACUGAUGUGAAGUCUUUUAUUACUGGAGCAGUCUGCCCAAAGGACCAAGACUUGCCUGUUUUUAUUUUGUUAGAUUUUAAAUCUCAUCUGUGGAAUAUUGUGUCUUCAAUUACGUAAAUGCUCAGUGUACAACUUGAAUGGUCUCAUAGAAUGUUUUUAAUAUUUUGUAAUCUGUAGUGUUGUAACAUUUUAAUGUCUCAGAAGUGUAAUAAUUUCAGUUUCCUGCCCAUUACCAUCCACAUACACUCAGUGGUCACUUUAUUAGUGGUCACCUGUACACCUCAUCAAUACAAGUCAGCCAAUCACGUGGCAGCAACUCAAUGCAUAAAAGCAUGCAGGCAUGGUCAAAAGGUCCAGUUGUUCGGACGAAACAUCAGAAUGCCGAAAAAACGUGAUCUAAAUUACUUUCACCGCGGAAUGAUUGUUGGUGCCAGACGCUGUGAUAUGAGUAUCUCAGAAACUGCUGAUCUCACAACAAUCUCUAGAAUUUGCAGAGAAUGGUGUGAAAAACAAAAAAAACAUCCAGUG